UCUAUAUAGCAACCUUAAGCUGAGAGAAGCAAGUCUGUCUUGGCUCCUAUGGCGGCGCUUUGCUCGCUUGCCAGGUAAAGCAAACACUUCACCAUUUCACCAAUGACUUAACCAGCACUGAUUCUUGGAACUUAUACAAAUCCCAAAGCCCUUUAUAAUAUUUCCUCUUCUUUCUUCUUCUUCUUCUUCUUCUUCUUCUUCAUCUUCCAAAUCUCAUAUCAAGCACAACCCAAAAGCCAAAACCUACACACCUUCUCUGUCUCGCUCUCUGUUUCUUCAAGUUUUUAGUACUUCAUGGCCGGCCUGUGGGAUCCGCAUCCUAACUCAACUCUCAGCAGAACCACUUCAUCGAGUAGUAGUAGUAGCUUUGGCGGGUACUUCAUGGAUCAUCAGAACAAUCAGAGCUGUUAUAACUACGUGAUGAUGGAGAAGAUGGAGAAGAGGCAGCUUUUCCUUAGAAGCUACCAGUUCUGCAGGAAGAAGAGUCUGACGGAGAAGAUCAAAGGGUCUUUGGUUAGAGUGAAGAGGGUCAUAUGCUUGAGGCUGCGUAACGCUAAGAAGCUUAGGAAAUCAGUCUGCUUUAGACUCCGGUAUGGAUUCUCUUUCCGGCGAAGAAGAUUAUGCCGACUCUUGAAUUACUACCGCCAUAACAAGAAAUGCGAUAACUCUUAUUGCUUCUGGUAGAACACAAACUCCAUGUUAAUUAUUUGCUUAAUUUGUUAGUUUUUUUCUUUCUUUCCACGAAUUCUGAUGUUAUAUUCCAUGAGUUGAUUAUUAAUAUACAUGAUGGUGAUUUGGUGAAA